CUCCCAGCAAUCGGGGCGGGCUGCUAAGCGGGCGGGCGAGCGCAGUAGCUUCAAGUGCCUUGCCCGUGCUGCGCCUGCGCGACAUUUGAGCUUCGAGGGGCGUGGAUUUGCAGAAGCUGGAAAGCCGGUGGUGGUCCUGAAAGAAAACAGGGAGCGCGAGCUUUGAAAAAAACAACAACCCAACAAGAAGAACUCACAAACAGGCAGAUGGAUGUGGGCAGCGUUGCUCAGGGGGUGGAGCAGGCGACCCCGGAGCAGAGGACGCCGGAGCAGCAGCUGCAGCCUUCCAAGGAGGAGGAAGAGAAGGAAGAAGAGAAGCGCAGGAAGCUCCUAUGUUUGGAAUUUGCCUCCAUCAGCGGCAGCGAUCUAGCCGUUGCUCAGUGCUACCUGGCAGAGAAUGACUGGGAUAUGCAGGUAUGCCCUCGCUUCUCGUUUUAAGCACGUGCGUUAUAGAUCCCGGCGCAUGGUCCUAGCACACAAUCAAACUCUGCCUUUUGGGCCUUUGUUGUUUGUUUGUUUUUGCAGAGAGCGCUGAAUUCCUAUUUUGAGCCGCCUCUUGAGGAGCAACCUAUGGACGCGAUGCCAGAGCCUCUCCCGCUGGAGGGGACCCUGUAAGUCUCCUGCCCCUGUAACUCAUCCCUCUCAAGAAGACCUCGGGGUUAAAAAAUCGAUUCCCGCUUGUGUACAGAUGCAUGGGGGCCAUAUUGGUGCAAUUGGACGGUGGUGCUGUCAGGGCAGUUAUGUCAGAGGGGUUAAGAUCCCCUCCCAGCCACGAGUUCCCCAGGGUGACCAUGGGCUAAUCCCUAUUCUCUUAGCCUAGCCCACCUCAUUCUCUUUGGAAGAGCAUCACCUGCCUGCUGCCUUUACUCUACAAUAGUACAGGGUGAGUCCUUUAAAAGAGGCCCAGUGGAUACAGAGUAUAGUGGUACCUUGGGUUACAGAAGCUUCAGGUUACAGACUCUGCUAACCCAGAAAUAGUACCUUGGGUUAAGAACUUUGCUUCAGGAUGAGAACAGAAAUCGCACAGUGGUGGUGCAGCGGGAGGCCCCAUUAGCUAAAGUGGUACCUCAGGUUAAGAACACUUUCAGGUUAAGAACGGACCUCCGGAACAAAUUAAGUUCUUAACCUGAGGUACCACUGUACACAUGUUCCACUGGGACUCACCCUGUAUAUGCCUCUGUAAGACAUCCUAGUGGUAUAAUCAUUAAUAUCUCUUGCACUUGGCUUGCCUGGCCCUGCCCAGGGGAAUGGUCGGUAGUGUAGUCAAGUCUCUAAAUAAGGGCUGGCUCCAGCAAUUCUCCAGUUUUUAAGGCUUCCACAAUGCCCAUAAAGUAGCAUUGUUUCAGGUCAUUGUGGAAAACUUACAUGUUGGUUCCCUCUGAGACCUGCCAUUUAAAUUCCUUCCCAUGCCCCAGAGUUCUGCCAAACCAAGGGUGCCCUGGGGCACAUUAGUGCUGCUGAGCACUUGGAAAAAUGAAACUGAGUGGGAGAAAGGGGCAGGCUGCAGGAGUGGCCUCUGCUGCUAAGGUCCUAAUCCAGAUGGCAGUAACCUCUAUCUGACCUACCUGGUACCUUCAUAAUCUCCACUAUGUCAAGCUGAAAGUAAAGCCGUUUUCACAGCUGGCCAGCAUCUCAGAAUACCUUUCUUGAAAAUAUGAAUGAGGAAGCAAUCCCAAGUAUGGGAAGCCAGAGUAAUUUACAUAAUUAAGUGAAGCUAGCGUAGGGUAUGCCAGAUCCAAAGUCCGCUCAGGACUUUGAGCAAGCCUAAGACUGGCAGAAGGGAAAUAAGUCUUUAAUAUAAAGUCUGAUUUAUGCCACUCUGUCAUUCCUUUGGGUUGCCAAGUUGCUUGACUGAGAUGAACCAAGUUAGGAUCCAGCAUAUGUGCCCCCUUCCAGGUCCUCCCCCCCCCACCCCAGAACGCCUAUUUUUCAGGGCUGCUGUAAGUUCUGCUGGUUUUGGCUUGUCGUCAGCUGAGCUGGGAUGAGACAGUUACACCAGCAUAUCUCUGACUGAGCUGGGGUUGGUGACAUGCCAUUUUAGCCCAACUGAACUGGGAAUCUACCAGCUGAACUGGGGACCUGCCACAUCCUAACUCUCUCAUUCUGGUGGAUCUAGGGUUAGGAUUACACCCUUUGCCAUUCUUCACUUUUGGUCCAAUAACUCAUUGCUGUUAUUUCUAUUGCAUGCAUUCUCUUGCUGCAGUGCAGUGGUUAAGAGUUAUGCAUGAUAUCUUAGUUUUGAGCUGGGUGUUUGUCUUAUUAUUACUGGUUUCAUUAGGGCUUGGAUUAUACAGUUGUAUUAUACAGUGUUUUAUUAUUUUAUGAUGGAAGCCAGCUUCAGAGUUUUAUUUUUAAAGGUGGCUUAUCAAUAUAAUAAGUAACUUGUGUCUGUGUUUUCUAGCAUUGACCUAACAGAUGAUUUGACCGCCGGUAAAGUUUCUCCUGCUGUUAAAGAGGCGGGUCUUAGCCCCAAAGAGGAUGACAGCACAUUUUCUUUAAUUACCUGGAAUAUAGAUGGCCUGGAUUUAAAAAACCUGCAAGAUAGGGCACGAGGAGUUUGCUCCUAUCUCGCUUUGUAAGUAUCUAUCACAGCGGUCCUAUGGUACCUUAUUAGAGUGUCAGCCUAAUUAAAAUCAUUGGGAUUUAUUUCAAAGUAAGCAAGAUUGGGAUGCACUUUUUAAAAAAUCAGAAUAUUUCUACUAUGCCAUUUUUUUUCUUUUACACUUAUCUGAAUUGUAGAGCUGCCAAGAAUAUGUAAGCCAGCCUUGCCCAGUCUUGUGCCUCUAGAUUUUUCUUUAUGGCUACUCCUUUUGCAUACAAACAGUUAUAUCUCAAGAGACAAAUCUCAGGUUCAUUACACUUCCUUGUGUUGCUUGUGCAUUUGAUUCCAUAACUAUAUUUUUGCACAACCCUAUGCGUGUUUGCAUUGCAUUGCAGCCAUAAUGUUAUGAAGCAAGGCCAGUUGUUGCUUUUUACAGUAAUUAAAUAAGUUAAGAAGAGCACUGUAGGAUCAUUGUAUAGUAAACAGCUUAUCUGUUACAGUAUGUUGCUUUAUGUUCCAUUACACAUUCCGCUUUCUCAUUUAGGUACAGUCCAGAUGUGGUAUUUCUACAGGAGGUUAUUCCUCCAGUUUUAUCCUAUCUACAGAAGAGAGCCGUCAGUUACACAAUUAUUCCAGGUAAAAUGAAGUUAUAGUAAUUUCUAUACAUUUUUAGUGGAGUAGCUGUGUUAGUCUGCUGCAGCAAGAACAAUCAGAGUCUUGUGGAACCUUAAAGAUCUAUUUAUUAUGGUAUAAGCCUUCAUGGACCACUUGAUUGGAAAAACAGUAAAAACCUCAAUGGUUUAUUGUCAUAUUUCAAACAGUGAAAAUCCGGACAGCUUUUUUUAGUUUUUCCCAAAGAUGUUGAGCUUUUUUGGCAAAUUUGGAAAAAAAGAAAGUAGUUUUUGAGCUAUUUUUAAGGAAAAUCACCUAAACAACACUGCUGACAUGGAUUAUCAUAUGUCCAGAAUUUCCCAGACAUUUCCCACGAUUUCCCCCUGGACCCUGCUUCUGACUGCACUAUUCUGGAUAUGUCCUGGAAAGUCCAGACAUAUGGCAACCUUAGAUUUACAUAACAUAAAAAUAACAUAAACCACAGAGUUGUAUAUCUGAAAGUUGUUCCAUCAUUUCCAGGAUGUCUGCCUACGCAACAGGAUUUCCUCCACACCCCCCCCAUGCCCCAUCAAAUCUGCUCUGAAGGGUUGGGGGAACCCUGAGAAUAGAUAAGGUGGGCAGGGAGAGGGUGUCCAGUUGCACAGGUGAUAAUCCAUGCACUAAGGAUGACUUUGAUGGAUACAACCCAUACUUUAGUAGUCUAAACAAGGCCACUGUCUUUAUAUGGAAUUUCUGAAGGAGACAUUGUUGUUGACCUUUCCUUUUUCUGUGUUUCUCUCUUCAGGUAAUACUGAUGGUUAUUUUACGGCCAUAAUGUUAAAAAAAUCAAGAGUCAGAGUUUUAAAAGAAGAAAUAACACCUUUCCCUACCACCUCCAUGAUGAGAAAUUUAUUGGCAGUACAUGUAAGUGAGUUCUUGCAUUUAUUUAUUUUUUGUUCUAAAGGACCUCCAUACACACUGCCCAGGCUUGUGCCCAGGAGAGGUCACUUUGGUGCUGCUAACGCAGCAAAAACAACAUGGGAGGCAGCAGUUACGAGUUACCGUUCUCUGCAGCCACAGCAGGUGCUGUGAUUCUCCAGUGGUUUGACUUCACUCCUGGAAGUGCAGUCCAUUGUCUCUUGAGACAGACGGAUGCCAUCAAUUGCAUAAAUGCACCAGAAGCAAAGUAGCCUAAAGUCAAUAAAGAAGUGCUCUCUUCCCUCAGCCCAUCAUCUUAAAAUGUCUCUAUUGUGGAUUAAAAUUUGGCCCCGACAAAGCUAUUAACUAAAAGGUUAGUUGAUUGAUUAAAGCAGUUAUAGCCACAGCCCUACCUGUUUGUUAUCAUGUUAGUCACAACAGUGACCCAGGCUAGGCACAGUACAGAAGAAACCAGAACUGGCAAGAUCUAUACAAAGGUCCUUGUCAUCUAGGAAAAGCUCCACCUUUAUGUUGUCCAAAUAUGGGGGACAACAUACGGGAGAAUUAACUGUUAUUGUAAAGAAAGGUCUUGCUGCACUUAGCCCCGUGCAGAAAAUGUAGUUUUAUGCAUCUUGUUCUUUCACGAGAAAUUGCUGUAAAGAGUGGUGAAAUCCUACUGCUGUGGCAGACCGUCACAUGCAGAAAAUGUUGCUUUAUGCUUUAUCUCUCUCUCUUCAUAGGCAACCAUAUCUGGCAAUGACCUCUGCCUUAUGACUUCACAUCUGGAGAGUACUAAGGGGCAUAGUGAAGAACGCUUGAAUCAGUUGAAACGGGUGCUUGCCAAAAUGACGGAGGCUCCAGAGUCCACUACUGUGAUUUUUGGAGGAGAUACAAAUCUCAGAGACAAAGAGGUGAACUGGAGCAAAACUCCUUAGUUGUGUUGUGUUUAUUUGUAACUCCUUUCCUCAUCUCCUAAAAAUAACAGUUGCUUUCCCCACAUAUCACUUACGUGGGCUUUCCCCACCUCUGGUGACACAAUUCCCCUUUGCCUAUAUAUAUUUUUAAACACAGGUUUUAUUAAGGAUUUUCAAGAACAUGCAUACAGAAAAGAAGAAAACAAAUCAUUCAGCAAUACUCAGCAGUUGUCUUGCAAAAUAUUGACAACAAAGUAGACCUGACUAGCAGUAAGGAGCAAUGAAUUAAAGCAUAAAACUACACAGUUCCCUUGUACUAAGUGAUUAAACAAAGCCAGGGUAGCUAUUUAUUUCAGAUAACACGUUUCUGAAUUAGAACAGUGUUGCUAAGGAGCAGUGAUGGUGCUUCACAACAAAAUUGGUGGCUCUCCCAGUGAACCAUAUAAGAAGUGAAAAAAUCAAUCCAUGGCUCAUUUUUGAAAGCUGAUUAUUGGUAGUAUAUUUAUAGUACACUAUUAACACUUUCUAAUUUUCUCCCCAUCAGGUUGCUAAGUUUGGUGGUUUGCCUGACAACAUUCUGGAUGUUUGGGAAUUCUUGGGCAAGCCAGAACAUUGCCGCUACACGUGGGAUACAAGCCAAAACACUAACUUGGAUGCACGUUACAAGUGCAGAUUGCGGUUUGAUCGCCUCUUCCUCCGAGCUGCUUCUGCUGGCGGACAAAUUGUUCCUAAGAGUUUGGAUUUAAUUGGGCUGGAAAAACUGGACUGCGGCAGAUUUCCUAGCGAUCACUGGGGUCUGCUUUGCAAUUUUGAUGUGGUGCUAUAAGGGGGGGGGGGGGGACGAUUUCCACGCUGUGUAUGAAAGACAUUGUUAUAACCUUUCCUACACCCCGCCACAUCCUGCUGUAUUUUAAACCAAUUCUGGAAUUGGUUCAAAUUUAUACGCUUCAGUGGUAAUACACUAAUCCAUGCGUUACUGGAAUCCUUGCCCAGUGAAAGGGCGGGGAGAAGACUUUUAAAUGUAUACUCUUAAAUUCAUUCCAGAUUAUAGGUACUCCAGGAUAUAUUUCCCUUCCAAGUUUCAAUUCCAGUGCAAAAUAGAUAAAUGAAAAUGCUAGCCAUAUAAUACUGUUUCAGUCUUCAGUUGAAUAAAGAAUAAUUCAACACACCUUUCCAUAAUCUUAUAUUGAACUCAAUAAAGGUAGGCUUGAAGGAUUUUUUAAUUUAAACCACUGUUUUCAGGUAGCCAAUUUGGAAAAAUAGCCAAUUGUUUUAAGGGGGGGAAGCGGGGAGCAACUAACUUUAUCUAUGGGCUGGUAAUCCUAAAACAAUUGUUACAUUGCUGAAGUGUCAUAUCAUUUCCUGUCUGUGAAGAAGGGGGGUGUUUUUUCAGGAUGAGCAAGGCUUGAGUUAGAGAUCGGCAUUAUGGGUACUCGAUGAUUCCCAUGCACCAGUUGGAGUGCCCAAACCUUGGAGCCUUCUGAUGCUGAUUCCUGUCAACCUUUCCAAAUUAGCAGGCAAUGAGAGGAGGUAUCU